AUGAUGUCCUUUUUGUCAACACCUCGCUCGAUGCUUUUGAGUGUCUCAAUUUUUUUACUCGCAAGUGUCAUUUUACCGAUCCCAGUUCGCCCACAGCCAGAAAAUGGAGUCCAGGUCCGGUUUCCAACAAGUUCAUUAGCUUGUAACACCUGCAAGCCUGCGUUUUCCACCGAGGCAUGCAAGAAGAUCCUAGACUCGAUUGUUCGUUCGUCCACGGUCCCUAUUUCGAACAAGACCUUGGCAGAAUGCCAAUGCACAGGCACAUUCUUGAGUGUUUAUGACAUGUGUGUGGAGUGUUUCAGAGAGACCAAUCAACUGACGUUGAUGCUCGGAAGCGACAACCCGCCCUCACAGGCUAGUCUGAGUGCCUAUUGCAGUAGUAUGGGUCCUAUUGAUUCGACUACGACAAUCACGACCGUCACCAAGACCGUCACACACACAUCGACUUCUACUCCGACAUCGACAUCAUCUGCCACGUCUUUGAAGGCCUAUCAAGAGGGACAGCUCGUAGCUGGGAUGACGGUGAUGUACACUGUCGUUGCUGUUACUGCUGCAAUGGUCUAUUUCUCGACAAUGUUGUAA